CCUCAGAUUUCUUUUCAUUCUACUCAAGGCUUCGCUUGUGAGUGACUUCCCACUUCCGUUUCUCCUGAGUCAGGUUUCAGAGGCCAUGUCUGCAGAAUUCAUUUCAUCAGCAGGAGAGGAGGAAUGCCCCAGCUCCAGACCCAGUUUUAGAUCCAGUGGGAGGAAGAUAUUAAACCUGCUCCUGGAGAGAGACACUUCCUUUACCACCUGUCCAGAUCUCCCUAGAACUCCCGUGAACAAACUCUUUGCUGAUUCUGCAAACCUAAGCGUUUUGUCUGGAGGUACCCCGAAAUGUUGCCUUGAUCUUUCGAAUCUUAGUGGUGGUGGAGAGAUGUCUGCCAAUCAACUUACCACUUCUGCAGACCUUGAUGAAACUGGUCACUUGGAUUCUAAAGGACCUCAGGAAAUACAUUUAACUGGGAUGAAUCAUCAUCAGCACCUUACAAAAUGCGGCCCAGCACAGCUGCAUUGUAGCACUCCAAGUGCUUUGGACCAUGGCAACAGGAAGAAAGAUGCAAUAUGUAGCUCAUCCACAAAUAAAGAAAAUGAGAACAACACUUUGAAGUCCUCAGAGUGGUGGCCACUCAGGAGCCUGAAGUUUCAAACUAGACAAGGGGGGCCUUACAUGUCUCCCCUUUCUCUACUGGACAAUGGAAACUUUUUGGAAAGUGAAAUGAAAUAUCUGGGCAGUCCCAUUACUACAUUUCCAAAAUUGGAUAAAAAUCCAGAACUAGGAGAUCAGGCAGAGGAGACUUCCGAUGAAUUGAUGGAGUUUUCUCUGGAAGAUCAAGAAGAGGCCAAGGCAUUUCUGAACAGAAGCUCCUUGUAUCGCUCCCCUUCGUUGCCAGAGCAUUUGAACAGGCCAAGACUGAAGCGGGUGGUAAAAUUCAAGAACAACCCAAUACCAGAUAAAGAAAAAAAGGAGUAUUGUUCUAACCAAAAAGAGCUCAGGAAGUGGGGGGAUUCUUGUCAUCCUCAGGGCUUAGGUCUAAAGAAGACAGUUUCUCUCUGUGACAUUAAUGUCAUUCAGAUGCUGGAGGAAGAUUCUAACCAGGGCUCUCUGAUUGGUGAUUUCUCCAAGGUAUAUGUGCUGCCAACCGUGUCAGGGAGACACCAAGAUCUGAAGUACGUCAGCCCAGAAACAGUAAGCAGAUUUCUGGAGACGGUGGCUGCCUUGCUGUCAGGGAAGUUCCAGAGCUUGAUUGAGAAGUUUUAUAUCAUCGAUUGCCGCUAUCCAUAUGAGUACCUGGGAGGACACAUCCGGGAAGCUUUAAACUUGUACAGUCAGGAAGAACUGUAUAACUUCUUUCUGAAGAAGCCCAUUGUCCCUCUCAACACCCAGAAAAGAAUAAUCAUCGUGUUCCACUGUGAAUUCUCCUCAGAGAGGGGUCCCCGAAUGUGCCGCUCUCUGAGACAAGAGGACAGGGCUCUGAAUCAGUAUCCUGCAUUGUACUACCCAGAACUAUAUAUCCUCAAGGGGGGCUACAGUGACUUCUUUCCAGAAUAUACGGAGCUGUGCGAACCACAGAGCUACUGCCCUAUGCAUCAUCAAGACCAUAAGGCUGAGCUGCUGAGGUGUCGAAGCCAGAGCAAAGCAUGGGAAGGAGAGCGGCAGCUGCAGGAGCAGAUUGCCUUACUGGUGAAGGAUGUGGAGCCCAUGAUAGUGGAAGCGGCGUUGUGGUGCGUCCGAGCGCUUCGGAGUUGGAGGGCGGCGCCCAGGACCCUGGUGGGAGAGUGUCGGCGCUGCGCGGGAGGAAGGGCAGGAGGCGGCGUUGGAGGAGCCCCGAUCGCAGAACCUCUGGGCGAGGAGCGAGGAGAGCGCCGCGCCCGGCGCUGGCACAGCGUCUCGGACGCGGACGGCUGGCGUGAGGACCGAGCCAUGGCGCGUCCUCCAAUCCCGCGAACACUGCCGCCCGCGUUCCUGCUCCUGCUGCUGGUAUCUCUGCGGCUCCGAGCCGACCCCCUUCCUACUGAAGGCCGGCUGAUGAACAACUGCAUCCAGGCCAGGAGGAAGUGCCAGGUUGAUCCUAUUUGCAGUGCUGCCUACCGCCACCUGAAUUCCUGCACCUCUAGUGUAAGCACCCCAUCACCCGCACAGGAGCUUUUGGUCCCUGUGGAGUGCAGGGAGGCAGCACAGCACCUGAGGAAUAGCUCUCUGAUGAGCUGCACAUGCCACCGCCGCAUGAAGAACCAAGUUGCCUGCCUGGACAUCUACUGGACCGUUCACCUUGCCCGCAGCCUUGGUGACUUUGAACUGGAUGUUUCCCCCUAUGAAGACGCAGUGACCAGAAAACCCUGGAAAAUGAAUCUCAGCAAACUGAACAUGCUCAAACCAGACUCAGACCUCUGCCUCAAAUUCGCCAUGCUGUGCACUCUUAAUGACAAGUGUGACCGGCUGCGCAAGGCCUAUGGGGAGGCGUGCUCGGGGUCCCACUGCCAACGCCCCACCUGCCUCCGGCAGCUCCGCGCCUUCUUUGAGAAGGCGUCGGAGCCCCACUCUCAGGGCCUGCUGCUGUGCCCGUGCGCACCGGCCGACCAGGGCUGCGGGCAACGCAGGCGCAACACCAUCGCUCCCAGCUGCGCGCUGCCGUCCGGGGCCCCCAACUGCUUGGAGCUGCGGCGCGUCUGCAUCUCUGACCCGCUGUGCAGAUCUCGCUUGGUGGAUUUUCAAACCCACUGCCAUCCUCUGGACAUCUUAGGGACCUGUGCAACAGAACAUUCCAGAUGUCUGCGAGCAUACAUGGGGCUGAUUGGGACUGCCAUGACUCCCAACUUUGUCAACAAUGUCAACACCAGUGUUGCCUUAAGUUGCACUUGCCGAGGCAGUGGCAACCUGCAGGAUGAGUGCCAGCAGCUGGAAGAGUCCUUCUCCCACAACCCCUGCCUCAUGGAGGCCAUUGCAGCUAAGAUGCGUUUUCACAGCCAACUCUUCUCUCAGGACUGGGAAGACUCCACCUUUCCAGUGAUGGAACGCCAGAACAAAAACCCUGCUCUGAGACCACAGCCCUGGGUGUCCUCUCUUUUCUUCUGUACGCUUCCCUUGAUUCUGUUCCUGAGCCUCUGGUAACUGGACUUCCUCUGGGCCCCUCUGCUCUCUACCACACCCAGCCUGACCUGCAGCCUG